ACUUAUUAAAUAGAUGUCUAGAAUGCUGUCCAAGGUCUUUCCAUCAAGGUGGAAGCCUAAGAAUUACCACUCGCUUGAAAACUUGAAAUACCUUCACAUGGUUUUGGUGAAGAAUUCGACAGUGACAAACCAGAACAGAAAUCUGUUGGUGGAAACAUUGAGAUCUAUUUCUGAAAUCAUGAUUUGGGGAGACCAGAAUGACUCAUCUGUUUUCGAUUUUUUCCUGGAGAAGAACAUGUUGUCGUUCUUCAAGAAGAUUAUGAAGCAGAAGAGCGGAGAGAGUGUAUGUGUACAACUACUGCAGACACUCAACAUCCUGUUCGAGAACAUCUCACACGAAACUUCUCUUUAUUUCCUGCUGUCGAACAAUACAGUGAAUUCAAUUCUGGUGCACAAGUUUGAUUUUUCUGAUGAAGAAGUGAUGGCUUACUACAUCUCAUUUCUCAAAAUACUCUCGCUCAAGUUGAACACGUCAACAGUGCAUCUAUUCUACAAUGACCAAAUCAAAGACUUUCCUCUCUUAACUGAAGCGCUGAAGUUCUUCAAUCACUCGGAGAGUAUGGUGAGAACAGCAGUGCGCACAAUCACGCUCAGUUGCUUCAGAGUGAAAGACGCCGCUGCGAUGAGCUAUAUUUGCGACCGAGUGGCCAAUAUUUACUUUGCCAAUUUGACGCACGAUUUGGGGAAGUUGGUUUUGGAGAUAAAUGAAUUGACACAUGGAAACAUAAGUAAUUCGUCCAUGGACAAACUGCGAGACCUGUGCCACGAACACUUGGACUAUCUCUCUUACAUCCAGGACAUCUUCCGACUGGAAGUGCCUCGACUGUCCCAGAUCCUCACAAAGUACCUCCUAACUGGACUCCUUCUGCCACUCUACCUAGUGCCAAUAGCCCAACAGCAACCUCCCUCUGAUGCAACUAAUUCUUAUAAUCAGAGUACGAAUACAGGUGAAGGGAGUUCAACUUCGCAGCCAUAUGGGAAGGUUGUGAUCGAUGUUGAAAAUGCAAGACCGAUUUCGUUGCCAGUCGCUUUGUUUCUAACGUCACAUGUAUUCCACAUCAUUCAUUUUGAACCUCUUGUCAACGUUCUGACACGCAUAGUUUGCAGUUCACAAGAUGAUCUUGUCAAAAUUCUGAGCGAAAACGAUUUAACAAACUGGUCUUCAAAGCUCAUAAUUCCGCCCGAAACAAUAUCCGAGUUUUUCAACCGCCGGAGUUCAGGGCGCCUGAGAGAUGCUACCAAGUUGUGCAAUUUUGACCAAAUUGUGAAAAGCGAUGAGAGAGUCAAGUCAAAUUUCUUAGAAGUUCCCUCAACUGUCGGAGAAAGUUUGACGGCGUCAAGUACAAAUGUGAGCGAAACGGAGUCUGAGUUUGACUUUGGAAGUAACACAGAUCAGAAAAGUAUGCCGAGAAACGCAAGCUCAGCGCACAACAUUUCAUCUCUAUCCAAUGAAGGUGAGGAUAACAUGGACAGUAAGGUGGUAGGUGGAGACGACUACCACAGGGAUAAUUUGUCUCUUGGAGCCAUGUCACAGACCCACUCGCCUGCCUUGCUGCCUCCGUCGCCUGUUCUGAAGGACCCAAUCACAGCUGCAGUUGUGAAUGUCAUUCAGAAUAGCGGAGAUGAAAGCGACACUUUCCCAGGACCCAAAUACAUAUCCUUAGCCGACAGACCCUUUCUGUCCGAAGUAUUCUACAGUCUAAACUGCAAAAUGACCAAAUGUAUACUGCCAUCUAUUGACGCCUCUGGACACAAAAGCAAAUCUGGGUCCAAAAGUAGUUCUUCAAAUGAAGAAGUUAAUGAUCAGAACUGUCUCUUGUCUGUCAUCCUACUACUGGCCAUGUUUAAUAACCCUACUUGCGACCAGAAUGUUCUAGAGAAAAUCUAUUUGCCAACACAGAGGGUUAAACUAAAGAACCAGUACAACUGCAAUCUGUUUGAAUAUCUCCUUGAUGUGCUCACUCUUGCCGCUUCCGCUGAAAUGAGGAUAAGAGCAGUGACUAUUGAGAUGACGUGUAUGUUGAUGAGACACAUUGUCAUCUGUGACGUAGACCCAUCCACCAUUGACAUAACAACAGAAUACACGGGGACACAUGAAGCGUCAAUAGACACCCAGGCCAAUUCGGCAGUUGACUUCAGAAGAGAAAUGAGCAGUGGGAGCGCCAGUUGUAAUGCGAACGCAUCCUUAUCGCCCUACUAUUUCAUCACAGACCAACAUCUCGCAUCUUUGGAGAGUGUGAAGGAGCAAUCGUGUCUGUACUUGAGACGCUUCUACAAAAGCGAAGAGAUGUUCCUGGACCUGUUCGAAAGCGAGUUCGAAACAUCAAAAAACAAGCGCACAAUAGUGUCGCGUCUAAUCCAAGACGCACCCAUCAUCCUCCCGCCGGUGUCCACCCCCCUCUCGGGUAUCUCAGCUAACAAGCGGCUUCCCUGUGGGGAGAUGGAGCUGACCAAACUGGCCAUGUGCUGCUUCUUCGAACUGAGGAACCUCUCUCUGGAACUGCAAAACAGUGUGGACAGUCUAUUGCCACUGGCCAAGGAGUCUGAUUUGGUUCAGGAGGGAGAUAGACUUAAUCUGAGCAAUAGCGAUCUUCUUGGUUGCAAAGUCAUCACCAAAUCCGGGACAGAAGAGCGUUUUCUGGUUCUGGGAAAAUUCCAACUGAUGUUCGUGGAGCCUGACUAUUCCACUCUCGGAUGGGGAAUUGUUAAGUUCACCGGACCGCUACAGAAUAGCGAAGUGACUGGCUGUGCCGAUGACACGCAUUCUCUGCAACUGAGUAUGAACAGACCAGUAGUGCCUGCGGGGAUGGUGCCAAUGAGUGGGAGUCCACAGGCCACAGACACUAUGACCUCCACACCUCUUUUCUCAGCUCAACUCAAGUUCGACGACCAUAUCAGGGUCAUGGCUGCGAGACAGAGGAUAAUGAAGGGCAGACAUGCAGCCAGACAAUGCAAGAUGCACUCCAUCAUGCAGAUACUAGAGUUCCCUCCGGACUACAUAGCUUCCGGCGGAUCUUCAAGUGCAAUGUCUAGCGUAUCGUACGCAUAUCAUCACCCGACCCCAGCAGUACACCAUGGGGGGAAAGUUCAACCAUCUAUGAGUAUUAAUCACCACCAUCAUCAUCCAAAUCUAUUGACAACACCAGGCAGCACCAGCAGUGGGGAGAGUUCGACUAAGUCAACUGUGUCACACAGGAGGACGAAGAAGGCAUCUAGAAACACUAGUUCUAAACAUGCAAUGGCCGAGUCAGAAAGCAGUGCACUAAAUCAUGGUUCAAAUCAUGGUCAGAGUGCAAGAGUGAGUGGCCACCACCAGGUGAGUAGCAGUAGUCAGUUGUCCGUGGUGAAUGAGUCACCUGUGAUUGGUGGGAGGAGGAGAGAGAAAGACAGACAGAGGGAGAGGAACAGGGAAGUAGUGACGAAGGCAGUGGAGACAGGGACGAGCAGCGACAAAAAUGAAGAGCACGAGAGAGCAUCAUCAGGACAUUCGAGUUUUGUGAAUCUAGAAGGCGACACGAAUUCAAGCGGCAGAAACAACCCACAGACGUCAAACCCAAUGGCAUUCUCCAAUGAAAACCCAGCAGCAGCAGGAAAUUACCCGGCUGCCUUAAAACACAAUGGAGAACAGGAGGAAGUGGAAGUUGCAGUGUUCGAUGGAAGUAAGUCAAACUUCCCCUCCAAUUGGAUGUCAGCUCAUGCAAAUGAAAGUGAAAGGUGGCACGACCAUAAUGUAGCACCAUCUGAAAAGCAGGCAAAGGGAUCGAGUGGACAGGGGAAGUCGACUCUGUUGACCCUGGCUCAAAAUGCGAGGUCGAAUAGGACAAGCGCAGUCAGUAGAGGAAGGGCGGAGACUCUAACUGAUGCAGAUGGUAGAACAAGACAAAGGUCGAAUAGCUUCUGCGACUUACCAAAUGAAUUGCUGGAAAGUGACUCGACCACUCUCACUCAGUUCGGAUUCAUGGCUCUCGGAGGAAAAGAUUACGAGAGUGGCAGUUCGACCACAUUUGGAGACAACACCCUAACAGCAGCCGAAGACCCUCACGAAUCUUCGUCAGCCAAUCAGAAUUCAGUAUCUAAUGCUACUAAUAAUAACGAUGGUCAUCAUCACUUGGAUUGUAGCAUGAGUUACCCGUUGUCAAGAACAAGAUCUUUCUCCCAAUCGGCGAUUAAUAGUUUGGGAUCUUCGGCAGUUGAAAACAGCAGCGGGCGAGUUGACGAUGAUGAAGGAAAGAAAGAAUUUUUAACUGGUGAAGGGGAAGGAGAUGCUGUGACGGUGAAUCAUGCUGAAGCUGAUGGUGAAGAUGCAGCUGCGAUCAGAGAUCGUUCUCUGCAACUGACAGAUUUUGAUAAUGAUAACGUCAUCAAUGGUCAUUCACAUUGGGUGCCAGAACAUAGUGAAGAGGAAACUGCUUAGUUUUUUUGUAUCAAAAUUGUUGCUAAUUGUUUCGAUAGGUCAAAAUUAAUUAACAGAUGCAAUCGAGUAAUUUUGAUUUUUUUUCGCUUGCUGUCUAAAUUAAGAUCACUGGCUUACAAAGGAAUGGACAA